CACCCUUCUCUCACCAAACCUCUCCGCUUACCUACCAAAGCAGUCAACACUGUCCAGCUUUCGCACUCUUUGACUGUCCGUAAAAUUAUAUAAUUUCCCGGAAAAUCUUUCAAAAUACCAACCAAAACAGAAAAUUAGGAUUUUACGUCACUUUUCCUUAACCUUCUUCUUUCGGAGUCUGGGUUAAAUUUUUGUUUCAGUGGAAUUUGAAAAUCUCUUUGCUUUCAAUUUCUCUUCGGAUAAUAAGAGAAUCAAAAUAUGUUUCUGGUGGAUUGGUUCUAUGGGGUUCUGGCGUCGCUAGGGCUAUGGCAGAAAGAGGCGAAGAUCUUGUUCUUAGGGCUUGAUAAUGCCGGAAAGACCACCUUGCUUCACAUGCUCAAAGAUGAGAGAUUAGUUCAACACCAACCGACCCAGUAUCCGACCUCGGAGGAACUGAGUAUAGGGCAGAUUAAGUUCAAGGCCUUUGAUUUGGGUGGCCAUCAGAUCGCUCGCAGAGUCUGGAAGGACUAUUACGCCAAGGUGGAUGCUGUAGUCUACCUGGUUGAUGCUUAUGACAAGGAGAGAUUUGCAGAGUCAAAGAAGGAGCUCGAUGCUCUUCUCUCCGACGAGUCGCUUGCAACUGUCCCAUUUCUUAUCUUGGGAAACAAGAUUGACAUACCUUAUGCUGCCUCAGAGGAUGAGCUGCGUCACCAUAUGGGCCUGACAAACUUCACCACAGGUAAAGGGAAGGUGAAUCUGGCCGAUUCCAAUGUUCGCCCCCUUGAGGUGUUCAUGUGCAGCAUUGUCCGUAAGAUGGGGUACGGCGAAGGCUUCAAGUGGCUCUCUCAAUACAUCAAUUAGGCGGAACAAUGGAGAAGCAGCUGUGCCACAGGAUAUGGUAGUUUUGCUGCCGCUUUUGGACUCUCCAUUAGAUUUGAUGUUCUCAAUUUCUAAGCAUAGAUGCUUCUGUAAAGUGGAUAUGUUAUCUUUAGAUGCAUAGCAGGUUUUUGCUCUUCAAUUUUAGCUUCGAAACCCAGUGUGCAUUUUCUUACUAUUUCUUCUAUAAUGUUUUUUUAUGUUCAGGAUAGAUUAGUUGUGUUAGUUUUCUUACCAUGUAUUGGUAAUUAGAUUGCAGAACCAAUAAAUAUUUACAGAAUGCCUACUCUGCCUUG